UUGAUCAAAAUAAACGAAAAUAAAAAGUCGAAAGAAAUGUUCACAAGUUUUAUAAAUAGACCAUCUGUUGGUAGGCAAAAAAAGAGCGGUAUAACGACUAAAUUUCUUCGAGGGUAUUUCAAAGUUUUCACGAAAAUUCGGAAAAAUUCACAAUUCAACGCAAUCCACACGAAAUCAUUAGGUAAAUUCCAUAAAAUGACAAAUAAUACAAAUAAACCCCUUGAAAGCGAAGAGGAAGCCCUGACCUACAAAAACGAAGGCAAUGCGGCUUUCAAAGCUGAAAAGUGGGAGGAGGCUGUGAAAAGUUAUACGAAAGCCAUUACAGCUGGUGAGAAACACAAGGAAUUGCCCGUUUUCUACAAAAAUCGCGCUGCUGCUUACCUUAAACUUGACAAAUACAAGGAAGCUUUAGCCGAUUGCACGGAAUCCUUGCGUAUUUCACCAAAGGACCCCAAGGCACUGUUUCGUCGAGCACAGGCUUACGAGGCCCUACAAAAAUAUGAAGAGGCAUACAAAGAUGCCACCGAUUUGUUUAAAGAGGACCCUAAUAACAAAUCAGUACAACCCAUGCUUAAACGUCUACAUCAGAUUGUACAGGAACGGGUUACCCAAAACGCAAAGACAUCAACGAAGGUCAAUCAAAUGAUGGAGCUUACUUUUGAUGUCGGAGCUCCAGUGGAUAAGCGGCGUUCAGGAGCUAAUAAUCUAUUAGUGCUUGCGAAGGAAGAAGUUGGGGCGGAUAUGCUCUUCAAAGCCGGAUGCAUUACAAAAAUAGCAUCUAUAACCAAAAUAGAAAACGAUCCAGAAAUUUAUUGCAAUUUGAUACGGGUAGUUGGUGAGUUAUGCAGUGCCUCCGUGGAGCGAACUAAGUCAGUUUUGCGAGAAUUGGGUGUACCAUGGUUCCUCCAUGUGUUGGAUCAUAAGCACGAAGAACGGGUUACGGCUGCCCAGUAUUGUUUGCAAACUAUAAUAAACUGUUUGUCGGGAAUGGAAAACAAGCCCGAAAGUAAACCAAAAAAAGAACUAUGCCAGCAAAAUCAAAAGGAAAUCGACACACUUUUAACCUGUCUUGUUUACACAAUAACAGAUCGGACAAUAUCAGGUUCGGCACGUGAUGCCAUUAUCGAGUUAUUAACGCGCAAUGUUCAUUAUACGGCACUUGAGUGGGCAGAAAGAUUGGUAGAAAUACGUGGGUUACAUCGUUUGUUGGAGGUGUGUUCUGAAUUGGAGGAAUAUAAAUAUGAAAGUGCAAUGGAAAUAACACCAUCCUCGCGCACCAUAGCAUCAGUGUGCAUGGCGCGAAUCUACGAGAACAUGUAUUACGAUGAAGCCAAAAAGCGGUAUGCCGAUCAGAUCGAUGAGUACAUAAAGGAUAAACUUUUGGAUCCUGACAUGGAAUCUAAAGUUCGCGUAACAGUGGCCAUAACUUCUUUGUUAGCCGGACCCUUAGAUGUAGGUAAUCAGAUUGUGGCUCGGGAAGGAAUUUUGCAAAUGAUAUUGGCAAUGGCCACCACCGAAGAUGAGUUGCAGCAACGCGUCGCUUGUGAAUGCAUAGUAGCUGCUGCGUCUAAAAAGGACAAAGCUAAGGCAUUGUGCGCUCAGGGUGUUGACAUACUGAAAAACCUUUACAAAUGCAAGAAUGAUAAUAUACGCGUUCGUGCUUUGGUCGGACUUUGCAAGCUUGGAAGCUACGGUGGACAGGAUGCUACAAUCCGACCAUUUGCUGAUGGAGCCACUAGCAAAUUGGCCGAGGCAUGUCGUCGCUUCCUGAUCAAACCCGGUAAGGACCGGGAUAUACGUCGAUGGGCAGCGGACGGUCUGGCCUAUCUUACCCUGGAUGCUGAGGUUAAAGAAAAACUGAUCGAGGAUAAGCCUGCGAUCCACGCACUCAUAGAUUUGGCUCGUUCCGGCGACCAGUCGUGUCUCUAUGGUGUGGUAACGACAUUUGUAAACCUCGUCAAUGCAUACGAAAAACAAGAGAUGUUGCCGGAAAUGGUAGAGCUGGCGAAGUUCGCCAAGCAUCAUAUACCGGAGGAGCACGAGUUAGACGACGUAGAUUUCGUUAAUAAACGUAUUACAGUUCUUGCCAAUGAAGGCAUCACAAGUGCACUCUGUGCACUCGCUAAAACUGAGAGUCACAACUCACAGGAGCUGAUAGCGCGUGUACUAAAUGCCGUAUGCAGUUUACAGGAGUUGCGCGGCAAAGUAGUGCAAGACGGUGGUGUUAAAGCGUUGCUGCGGAUGGCUUUGGAUGGGACCGAAAAGGGCAAACGGCAUGCGUCACAGGCCUUAGCGCGCAUCGGUAUUACGAUCAAUCCUGAAGUAGCUUUUGCCGGACAACGAAGCUUGGACGUUAUACGACCUUUGUUAAAUUUGCUGGCGCAAGAUUGUACUGCAUUGGAGAAUUUCGAAGCGCUUAUGGCACUUACCAACUUAGCGGCGAUGAAUGAGAGCGUGCGUCAACGUAUCGUCAAGGAGCAAGGUGUGUCGAAAAUUGAGGUUUACCUAAUGGAAGAUCACUUGUACUUGAUACGUGCGGCAGCGCAAUGCCUCUGCAAUCUGGUGAUGUCCGAUGAUGUGGUCAAGAUGUUCGAAAAGCCCAACGAUCGCGUAAAGUUCUUAGCAUUGUUGUGUGAAGAUGAGGAUGAAGACACUGCAAAGGCUUGUGCCGGGGCGCUGGCUAUUUUAACGUCAAUUUCAAAAGUAUGUUGCACCAAAAUACUUGAAAUCGGUACGUGGUUGCAAGUUCUCCACACCCUCAUCGCCAAUCCAAGCCCGGAUGUGCAGCAUCGUGGCGUUGUAGUAAUAUUGAAUAUGAUUAAUGCUGGUGAGGAUAUCGCGAAAAAGCUCUUUGAAACCGAUAUUAUGGAACUACUUAGUGGCCUCUCACAGCUACCAGAUGAUACGCGUGCCAAAGCGCGUGAAAUUGCACAGCAGUGUUUGAUAGCGGCGGAACGCUACAAACUUAUUGAGAGAUCGGACGAUCUUGUGGCACCGGAUGUUUUCGAAGAGGCGGCACGUAUUGAGGAGAUCACUGAUUAAUAUGCAUAUGAUUGCCAACAAAUUAGAAGUAAGAUCAAGGUUGUCAUAAGUGCCAAAAAUGCACUAGUAAUUCUUUGCACGUGUACGUAUGUAUAUAAGAAUGUUUUCGUCCAUGCAUAUGUACAUAUACAUCACGAACCAUCAUGAUUCAUAUAUCAGUGUAGUGCUACUACCAUGUUUUCAGUAUAAUUCUAGUGUUGUAUCACUAUUUUAAUUAUUAACCUACUUUUUACCAAAAAGUUUAGGCUAUUCAUUAAAACAGUUAUUUAAUAAAUUUUGAGUUUUAGUUCAAAA